GUUGAACAGUCGUUGAACGCGUCGCUGAGGCCAUCGUCUGCGCCGUCCCCGACGUCCUGCGCCCCUCUCGAACGAUGCCGCCGGCGAGGCGGAGAGUGUCCUACGUGAUCCCGCCUCCCUCAGAACCUAUCCCUCGUCUCCAGCUGCCCCCGCACGGCGUACCACGGAACGGCGCCGCCGGCCCCCUGCUCGUCCCGUACAACGAUUCGUCUUCUCCUGGUCCUUCGUCAGCCGGCGGGAAGGGGCCCUCACAUCCUCGACAUCGCCUUGGCGUUGCUUCUCUUGCUCUCGACUCCUCUACGCUUCUGGUCGGACACAACAAUCCGGAGGGCAUCUUGUAUACUGGCGGGCGCGACGGUCUUGUCAUCUCUUGGGACCUGGGUAUUCCUACCAAGCGUCGGACACAUCGUUAUGCCGUCGGAGAAGGGAACCAUGGCAGGGGCUCGCGUCGGUGGGAGAUCAUGACCAACUGGGCAGACGACAUCAUCGAGGAAGAGGACGAUAGCGAGGAGCUGCCCAGUGACGGGGAUGUCCUAGGCGAAGUCACCGGUCGUUCGCGGCGAAGGCUUGACGGCGACCAGAACACCAUCCUUGAAGAGGAACAGUGGGAGGUUAACGAUGAGGCUCUGGAGGCACGCAAGGCAAACCCGCCGACCACGCAGUUCCGUCAAUGUGCACAGCUUCAUUCGGACUGGGUCAACGAUAUUCUCUUGUGCAAUAUGAACCAGACCUUGGUUUCCGCAUCUUCCGACGGCACUGUCCGUACGUGGAAUCCACACGCAACUGACAAUGCAGAGCCCACGACAAUAGGUACGCAUGGAGACUACGUUCGUUGUCUUGCGCAGAGUCGUACACAGAAUUGGGUUGCCUCCGGCUCGUUCGACCGCACCAUCAAGCUCUGGGACCUCGGCGGCGGAGGCUCUCCGACAUCUCCUCUUGUUACCUUGUCCGGCCCGGAGUCGUCUGGUCCCAAAGCAUCCAUAUAUGCAAUGGCGACAGACCCGUAUGGGUCCAUAGUCGCGUCGGGCUCCCCGGAACGCGUGAUCAGGAUGUGGGACCCGCGUUCAGGCAAACGUGUGGGCAAGCUGGUUGGACACACAGAUAACAUACGGGCUAUGCUGCUCUCGGAGGAUGGGAAAUAUCUUCUCACAGGAUCCGCGGACGCCUCCGUCAAGCUUUGGUCGUUGUCAUCUCAGCGGUGUUUGCACACAUUCACACACCACACGGAGUCCGUCUGGUCGCUGGACUCACAACACCCGUCGUUGGAGAUCUUCUAUUCUGGCGACCGCUCAGGUAUCGUCUGCAAAGUGGACGUUGAAGGCUGCACCGAUGUAUCCGAAGGUGAAUGCGUUGUCGUAUGUCAGGACACGAGCGAACGUAUCAGCGGCAUUGGUACACCGGAGGGCGUGAACCGGAUUGUGGCGAUGGACGAUAGCUUCUUGUGGACCGCAUCUGGGAGUUCUAGCUUCCACCGCUGGAAGGUGCCACCUCGUAGGGCGGUGAGGGCCGCCGCGCUUAACUCACCCGGGAGAGAUUGGUCCGUUGUCGAAAGCCCGCCGGCGUCCAGCGAAGGCGAAGAGUAUGUACCACGUUCCGCCGCGCAGGGCUCCUUCGAUUACUCUCGAAGCGUUCCAGGGACUCCACCGCUGCCCGGGACGCUGCAUGCGCUUUCAAGAACUGGUAGCCCCCCGCCCACCAAGAAGAGCCAUCGAGCGUCCCUCUCGCCGUCUUUCAUGUCAGCAAACUCGGCUGCCCCUCAGGACGCUGACCCGUAUGGCGAGCGCGAAGGCGAGGAGACAUGGUAUGGGAUCCCGUUCGAGAGCCUGGUGCGUCUCACGUCGCCGCACGAGUCCUUCGCGGGCUUCAACACACAUGGCUCGCUCGCGCGGGGGCGCGAUCCGGAGAUCGCGACUUUGUACUCGGCAGCCUCGGUCGUGAGCAUGCCGCGUCUCUCGCGACCCCUACCCACAGCUCUGGCCAGUGCCAUGCAGCGCAGCAACAGCCCUUUCCUCAGCUCGCGCACACGCCUCGUCGAGGAUGCGCAGACCCUGCAUCCGGGCACGCGCGCGCGCGCAGCAUACGAGGAGCGUGAGAUCGCAGCGGACGCCGUGCCCUUCAAUCACGAGCCGGACGAGGUGAUCCACGGCGAACACGGGCUCGUGCGCUGCGCAAUGCUGAAUGACCGCGUGCACGUGCUUGCUGUGGACACCGCGGGCGAGGUCGCGGUGUGGGACGUGAUUCGCGGGGUGUGCAGGGGGCGCUAUGUCAGCGAGGACGUCGCGCUGGCGAGUGUAGGGAGCAGCGCUGCGAGUGUGAGUGCGGAUGGGGACUCGGCGAGGGAGAGGAGCCCGAGGGAGGCGUUGGAGACGGUGAAGGAGAGAAUUGAGGGCGAGGCGGUUGUGCAGUCGUGGGCGACUGUGGAUACGAAGACGGGUGUGCUCACUGUGCACCUGAAUGAGCGGUGCUUUGAGGCGGAGAUAUAUGCGGACGAAGCAGGGUAUACUGCCGAUAGGCGACACGGAGAGGAGCAACGACUGAACAUCGGCAAAUGGGUGCUACGCAAUCUCUUUGCUGGCUUCAUACGGGAAGAACAGCGAGCGUACUCCCGCCGAAGUCGAGAGGCAGAGAAUGCCAGUCGUCUGCACCGUGGCACAGCUCCGACUCAUAUUGACCUCAACGGCGGCUCGCCAGAACGACGCCGCCGAUCAAUCUCGGACGCUUCACGACACUCACAUACGACAAUACACAGUCCAAGGAGUAUAAGUGUGGUCUCCUCCCCGAGCAUGAUACCAGCCAUGUCCCCAGCCAUCUCUGCAGCGCCGCGUACACCGCUCCUGACCCCCCUGAUCCCAAUCAACACUGGCUUGCGAGAUUCCUCUACGCUAUCACCGAUCCCUCAGUCGCCCUCUGAUGUCACUCCUAUGCCCAUGCCCCAACGUUCGCAUACACUCGACACUUCCACUAGCUCUCCCCCCAGCUCAGACUACUUCUCGCUGCGCGCCCGUCGACCGUCCAUCAGCACCACAGGCAGUACCACGACACCAGACGAAUCCUCGCCUUGGGUGAAGGAUUCGGGUUUGCAAUCUCCGAGUACGCCCAGCGGGGGAGGCUUGAUGGGGCGUCUCAAGGCACUCGGCAAAGGUACAAAACGGCAAGCCAGUGAGGCUGGCGCUUCUACUCCUGGAGGGACGCUCCAAGGAACAGAUUCGGCGACCACCAACGUUGGCGAAACUACACAAGCUGCGUCCAAGUCCCCCGCGCAAUCGCUGCUGUCCGGACCGAUCAAUCCGCCGCCUGCUAGUGAUGCGCCACCCCUCCCCAUUUCUCCGUACACGCCGCUCAUCAUCUCGGAGGAAGCGGUUUCUGGCUGGACGACCAUUUACCGAGGACAGGUCGCCAGCGCCGCCAGUGACGUUCGUACCUUGGAGGAAGUCAUGCCUUUCUGGCUACUCGAGUACCUGCUGGCCAACCGGGCGCCAUCAGUCACGGUGACCAAGAUCAGCUUCGUCCUCCUACCGUUCCCUCACAAGGAUCCUCGAGAGAUGUUGCCUGAGCUUCUCAACACGGCCCAGUCGAAGCUGACAGCGAGUCGCUUCCUUCGUGUUCGCAAGCUAACCAAUCAUGUGCAAGACAAGCUCGACAAAAUGGCUGGAUCCCAUGGGCCGACAUCCCCAAGCACCCCUCGUUCGUCCUUUGAUGCUCGUGUAUCCGGUGGCAGACACCGCGAGGAACACCGGCCACGCGCGGAGGACAUGUACGAGAUCGUCUGCAACGACGUCGUUCUACCACUGGACAUGACUUUGGCCGCCGUGCGCCAGUUCGUGUGGCGACAGGGAGGAGAACUCAGCAUGUACUACCGACGGAAGACCGUCCAUCCGGGCCAUCCUCAGGCUCACCAUUAAGUUGGUUUAUCGACUAUAUAUUGUAGGUAAUGUAAUCUAGUCUUGUUGUAAAGUGUAGAAGUCGGCGCUCUUGCAAUCAUUUGCCCGGACAAUGGUCGGGACACAACGAUAUGAUCAUUUCGAUGUUUUGGACCGCCUUGCAUUCCGACACACGUACUCGUCCUUUCGACAGAGCUGUGAUAGGCGCAAGGUUUCUCGUCACGCACAAGACUCGCAGCAACAGUGC